UUGAAAACUGCAUCCAUUUAGUCCAGAUUCAUGAAUCUAUUGGUGAUUUACAUUGUCUCGUGAUCUUAAAUAUGAAGAACUGUAAAAGUCUUGUGGGACUUCCAGAAGAAAUGAGUAGAUUGAAUUCACUUGAAGAGCUUGUUUUGUGUGGUAGCUCAAAACUUGAGAGCUUGAAUAUGGAUUUAGAGCAUCAUCAGGGACGCAGGUUGCAUCAAAGUGAUAGAAUUGUUGCAAGCACAUCUUACAUUACAUCUCUUCCAUUGAAGCUAUUCUUUCCCUCCAGGUUUUCAGAAAUGAAAAAUUCCAGAUUUACCUUGUUCACAUUGCCACACUCUUUGACGACACUAAAUUUAAGUAGAACUCCAAAUUUAAUUUCUUCCAUCAAGCAUUAAGGACAUUGGUACACUCAAUUACCUUUCAUUAGCGGAAUGCAAAAUGCUUAAAACACUCCUAGAGAUUCCAUCCAAUUUGGUUGGGUUAGACGUGUCCUAUUGUUAUUCGCUGCAAAGAAUUGCAAAUCUGAUCCCUUUUACCAUAGCUCGUGAUUGUGAUCAGUUAGUUCACAUCCAAGAUUGGAUUAAGCUAGAAUUAAUCCAAAAGGUUGACCCACACUUGUUGAGAAUAAUGGAAAUGGUCAGCGUUCAAAUGCAGACGUGGAGAUUUCAGAUAGAACUUCACGGCAACAGAUUCAGUUUUGUCCUUGAAUAUGAUGAAAAUGAGAUGUUGGAGUUUUACGAGGAGGAAGGGCUAAUUCAGAAAGAGUUUGAAGAGCACUUGUCAUUCAAAAUAUCCUCACCUGCUACACACCGGAUAUGUGGCUUUAAUCUAUUCACAUGGUUUUCUGCUACGCUAGUACCCAAUCCGUAUCUUCAUGUUUAUCUUGAAAUCAGGAACAAUACCAAGGGUAGAGUCUGGGUUUUUUACCCCUCAAUUUUUCCGAUAGAAUUUUCGGCUGAAAAAUCUGAAUUGUUAUGGCUACGCUAUUGGAAAAUUGGGUCCAAUGAUCCUGUGUUUGAUACCGGUGAUGAAUUCAGUGUUUCAGUGUUUACAGAUGAUCCGGUUGUUCAAAUAAAGAGGGUUGGUGUACGAAUGUUGCAUGAAGAGGAAGGAACUGAUGAUGAUAGCAGCUCAUCAAACACUAGUGAUGAUAUUUUUAGAAAUUAUUAUUGCAGUGACCGUUAUGAUUUUGAUAACGAAAUUAUCAUAUGUUUUUUGGAAAAGAAAUUAAAUGCUCUUAACAAGUUGGUGCUGCUUCUUGCUUAUCUUCAAGUCUAUCUGAAGCAACCACUGGCUUUCCACGUUUCUCCUUCAUGGAGCCUUUAUCACAAAUCCUCUUUUGAAACUCUCCACCCUUUGUUGCAGGAGAGUUCUCAUAGAUGCUUUCUCCUCUGCAACCAAGGAGCAAGGAUCCCGGAAAGGAAGUUUUGUAGAGCAUAUGGAGAAGGUCAAGAAGUGAAAAUUGCCUCUGGCCUCCAAAGCACCAUGAUGAGUGCGUAA